AUGAUAUUCCUCACACUCCUCAAAAAGGGUGAGACUGAUCCAAAAGUGGCAAAGGCUUUUUCAAAACUUCAACAGACAGAAGCUUUGUCUAAAGAAAUCAACAACGAACUUCUUGAGUCAUUGCCGCUGCAUACAAUAAUCGAAACUUUCUGUGUGAACACCCUCCAGUUACUUUUCAACACUCAUGAUAUUUAUCAAUCGGAAUGCAACAAGUUGAACAUAGAAAUCGUUUCCCAACUUGAUAGUCUUGGAGAAUCUAUCAACACAUCGCGAGUUCCGCGACCAGAACCUCGUCCAGAGACGCCGACUGAUAGCGUCGCGGACGUAAGACUUUCAAAGAUAAGUUCGCACCGUUCCACGCCCUCUCCUGUCCCCGCUCCUCCUCCGGCAACGCCAGCUUCUUUGGCAGAUUCCGCUGCAAACCAACCAAAUGCGUCUUUUGAUGGCAAUCCAUUUGAAGAAGAUAAUGUGGAGGAAGUCUUCGAGAAUAAGAUCUAUCCGAAGUUAGCGGCAGUGCCUCCUGGCGCCGAUAAGGAAGAGGAGAAGAAUGCAAACGAAACUCCGAAAAAGGUCGAGGAUCCAACAAACUCAUUCGAGGGGAAUACAGAUGAAGAACAACACGAACAAGUACCCAUUGAGGCACCUCCAACAGACCAUGCUUUAGCGGGAGUUACUAGGGAAGCUGGUAAGGUGCUUUACCUUGUGAGGACAACUCACGAGUACAAAGCGGUAGACACUGAUGAGUUGUCUUUUGGUCCGGGAGACGAUCUGAAGGUUCUGGAGUCGAAACAUGAAGAUCAAGUUGAUGAGGGUUGGCAGCUGAGCGAAAAAGCUGACGGCACUCGAGGCGUGUUCCCUGAAAAUUUCACCAGAAGGUUCGACUAA